AUGGCGUUACAGAGUAAACACGUUGUCUUUGACGUAGUAGGCACAUGCAUAUCAUACGAGGCCUUUUAUGACGCAAUUGAGGCACGUCUCGGGCACAAACUGCGAGCCCGGAGCAUAGGCUCACGCCUAUUGGGGUACGCCUGGAUGGAGGCUGGUGAGAAGGAGUAUACCUAUCUCAGUCUCUCAGGACACUAUGUUGUCUAUUUUGACGUGUUUCGCUCCAUAUUUUACAGAACACUUUGGCAAGCUGGGAUCGAAGAACCCCGCAAGUUUGCUACCGAUGAUGACCGGGAGUUUCUGCUGCAGUCUUACCGUAGACUUCGGCCUCGGGCUGGUCUAGAAAACUGCUUCUCGCGCUUACGCGAGGCGGGUUUUACAGUUUGGUGCUUCACGUCCGGCGAUGUCAAACGGGUAUCUGGAUAUUUUGCAUCUGGUGGGGUGGACUUCCCCUUGGAGAACUUCGUCUCGUGUGACUCCAUUGGUGUGGGCAAGCCCGCACCGGAGUGCUACAAGUUCGUCCUCGAUAAAUUUCCCAAGGAAAACUGCGAGACCUGGUUUGCUGCUGGCCAUAUGUGGGAUGUAGCUGGUGCUAAACGUGCCGGGUUCAAGGGAGCUUGGGUUUCAGUUUGGGAAAAGGAGCAAUGUGCCGAUAUCUUUGGCGAGAUGGAUGUAGUAGCGGACGACCUGCCGAAGCUCGCAGAUAGUAUCAUCGCGGCAUCGGCUAAGAUCUAA